AUGCAGUUCAGGAGCAGUGGUGAUAACAGAGUUUACCUCCAUCCCAGAAAGAUGAUUUCGUCCAGCCUGUGCUAUCCAGAAUGCGGGGUGGCCCGGCCCUGGCCGGUCACUGGUGCCGCCAACCAGCCAUGCGUUAGGCAGUGCCCUGACUCCGAAGUGGUGAUCAGACCCUCACCGGUUGUUUUGACCAUUCCAGGACCAAUUCUCAGCAAUUUCCCUCAACACAGUGAAGUGGGAGCUGUAGGAGCACCUGUGGUCGGACCCGGUUACGGAGGCUCAUUCGGCUGGGGAGGCUAUGGAAGCCCUUACGGAGGAUUGUACGGUUUAGGCGGAUAUGGUGGUUACGGAGGAUUGUACGGUUCAGGCGGAUAUGGUGGUUACGGCAGCCGUUAUGGUUAUGGGGGAUUAGGCUGUUAUGGGGGACGAGGUGGUUACCUGGGUGGUUAUGGUUACGGGGGACUAGGUGGUUCUGGGGUAUCUUGCCAUAGGUACCUCAGUGGAAGCUGUGGGCCAUGCUAAUGCCAGCAGCAACAUCCAUGGAAGAAGGAAGGAAUUGAACAGCAAGAUACAGAUUCAGCCCUGAUCUUUUGGGCAUGGCUUUCAGAAGUGCUGGGCAAACAGAGCUCCAGUUGAACUCCGUGGAGCUGUGUGUGCUCAGCACCUUGGGCUGACAGCCGUGCUGCAUUUCUAAUCUUACGCUUUAGGACUCUUUCUGCCAAGGUUUUCCCACCCGUGUGCUGAUUCUCGCUUUCACAUGUGCACUCAUUCUGAAUUACACUUUGGCUUUUUACACCAACCCCGCCUGGUGAAGGCAACGGGGGCAUAGAGAUAGGCAUGAUUUUCGUUUACUGUCAUUUUAAGUCCCUUGAGAGUGAGAAAAAAAGACCUUGCUGUCAAGGAGAAUUAGGUCCUAUAUGUUCUAUCCUUUCCAUCACUAUGUACCUCUACUGACUUGCUUUGACCUUUGCUGCAGCAGACGUCUGAUGGAGAAGCUGCGUAGUCUCUGGUUCUCUUUGGCUUUGUCUCAUUUCCCACCGACCGGGGUAAAGCAAUACACUUAAAAGGGUUAUAAAGGGGACUUGUUUGUCAAUCUCUGCAGCUGCACCAACACAAAGAGAAUAUUUGGUCUGAACUACAUCCCACUGAGACCUGUGAUCGGUCGUGGAUCUCCUUGAAACACUUGAUAUACAUUCUUUCUGCUCUGUAGUAUUUCUUCCUGUAACUGUGUA